UGUGAAGCUGAGCGCUGAGUGUCCGUCACUGCGGGACAAAUCUGAGGUUACAGCCGAGCUGGUUUGACCAUGAAUGAAGGAGAGACUCACAGCGUGAUGGCGGAGUCCAACCGACUCACAGACCCGCAGCGGAGGCGCUCGCCGCGGCUAAGUUCUCCCCCGCAGCCGCUGGGGAAGACUGACACCAACAUGGCGCCGGAGGCCGUCCCGGUGAAACGCUCCAUCACUCUGAGGAAAAUAGCACCGAGGAAAACAGUCACCUCCGCGGAGCAGGACAAGGAGAACACGCCGAGGCGAACGAGGAGCAGCGGGCAGAAAAAGCAGAAGGUAUCCACUCCUGACUUGGUCCCGGACCGCAGGGCCUCCGACAUCUCCUCGGCUAAGAAGAAGAAACAGGCCUCGAUGCCAUCCCCGAUCUUGCCUUCCUCCCCGACGGCUUCAAGCGCUUCAAAGAAACCGCCAGCGACACCGGAGGACGAGGCCUGGGCUCAGAAAGUGCGCCGCUCCUACAGCAGACUGAGCGACAAGUCUAUCCACAGCCCGGACUCUCGCGAUACUUUGUUCGGCUUCCAGCAUCUGCAGACCCCUCAGGUGAACCGGACGGCCGGGCAGUCCAGGAGCGCUCUGGAGCUCUCCUCCUCCUCUGCCUUGAACUCUUUCACGUCCCUGCUCGAGGCCGACGACUGCGGUGCAGAACCGGACCCGAACAUCCCCGGGGUGGUUGUGGUGAAGGAGAAGAAGAGGAGAAAGAAGAAGGUAGCGCCGAUUGACGGCGUGGAGCUGGACGUUCUGGCUGCCAGGAUGAACGCGGAGUUCGAGGAGGCGGAGGAGUUUGAGCUGGUGGUGGAGUAGAAAGCUGGCUGUCCUCACCCCCGGGGGAAGCUCAUCAUGGACUGAGAGUGGGGGGCACCUCCUCCAUGUGCUAUAAAUCAU